GGACUGUGUUUCAUUAGAAACAGUUGUUUUCCGCUCUGUGUGGGUUUCGCUGUCGCUGUGCUGCUGAGUUCCUGACACAUGUAAACACUCUCAGUCCGGACCAGCUGCUCUGUCUCUUUGUCCUUCUGUGUCCGAACCGAGCUGAUCAUGUGGCUCCGGUCCUGCUGUGUUUGGACCACUGGGUUGAUCUGCAUUCUGCUCUUAAUCGCCGGGAUUGCGAUGGUUGUGUCGCAAGUCUUUCUGAAGCUCUUAAACAACAGAAUAAAGGAGCAAGUAGUUCUGGAAAAUGGAACAGAAGCGUUUUCGGUGUGGCAAAACCCGCCGCCGCCUGUUUACAUGCAGUUUUACUUCUUUAAUCUGACCAAUCCAGCAGAGGUUCUGAACGGAGACAAACCCUCGGUCAUAGAGAUCGGCCCGUACACGUACAGGGAGUAUCGACCAAAAGAGGAUGUGAAAUUUAUGGACAACGGAACCAGAGUUCAGGCUGUCAAUCCAAAAACAUACGUGUUCGAGCCUGACAUGUCACGCGGCUCUGAGGACGACCUCGUUCGGACGGUCAACAUCCCCGCUGUGACCGUGAUGGAGAAGUUCAAAGAUAGCAUCUUAAGUCGCGUCAUCUCUGACCUGAUGAAAUCCAUGAGCGUCGGCGUGUUCAAGACGUUCAGGGUCGGUGACCUGCUGUGGGGUUACGAAGACCCGCUGCUCAAAAAACUCAAAGUCUUUGACCCUUUGCUGGACAUCUACUUCGGACUUUUCUACAAGAAAAACGGCACAGAUGACGGUGAUUAUGUGUUCUUCACGGGGAAGCAGAAUUAUCAGGACUUUGCUCGUAUAAACGAGUGGAACGGACAAAGUUCGUUAAACUGGUGGAGUUCAGACGAGUGUAACAUGAUCAACGGCACCGACGGAGCGUCUUUCCAUCCGAUCGUCACAAAAACUGAGAAACUCUAUAUAUUCUCCUCUGAUCUGUGCAGGUCUCUGUAUGCUCUGUACGAGUCUGACGUGAACGUACAAGGGGUUCCUGGUUUCCGUUUUGUUCCACCCAGCGAGGUUUUCGCUAAUGUUACGGUUAACCCAGAUAACGCAGGCUUCUGUGUGCCGGCCGGUAACUGUCUCGGCUCCGGCCUCCUCAACGCCAGUGUGUGUAAAGAAGGUGCGCCCAUCAUCAUGUCCUCCCCUCACUUCUACCAGGCAGAUGACAAGUUUGUCCAGGAUGUUUUCGGGAUGAAUCCCAAGAAGGAGGAGCACGAGACGGUCAUUGACAUCAACCCGCUCACGGGACUCUUGCUUCGGGGAGCGAAGCGUGUUCAGGUGAACGUCUACCUGCAUCAGAUCCCAGCGUUCAGUGAAACUGGGAAAAUCCGGACGCUGGUGUUUCCAGUGAUGUACCUUAAUGAGAGCGUGGUUAUUGAUGAGGAAUCUGCCAAGAAGCUGCAAGUGGUGGUUACCGAGGCUAACGUGAUCGUCAACAUCCCCUUCAUAGUCAUCAGUGUAGGCAUCUUACUGGGCGUGAUCUUCAUCGUGUUCAUUUGCCGACAGCAGGUGCCAGAGAGCACUGUGGAUGAGCGGCAGCCCCUGAUUUCAUCAUAAACUCACCAGAUGUGGCCAUAAACUGGAGGACAUCAUGAUGAACUAACAUUCGUUUAGACUUCAAGGUUGAUUUCAUUUUCACACGGCGAGAGUCAAAGGUUGAAGGAGCAGAGAUUGAUGCAUCAGACGGCUCAAAGUGCAAAGUUUGUCUCAGGUCAGCCUGGCUGUUGGAUCCAUCGCCCAGGUCGUGUUUUUAAUGCCAUUUAAAGCUUUUAGAUGAUUGAGUGUCAUGGAACCAAAAAAAAAAAAAACAUGUGCAGGUGCCUCCAAAUUAGCCAGAAUGAGUUUUGUGUUAUGAAAAAAAAAAUUCAGAAAA